CAGUAGGGCAGUAGCACCAAGGCUCCCCUAGACCACACUAUAUAACCGGCUAUGCGCUUCCUCCGCAUACAAGAGCUUCUCAGAUCUUUCAGUCCCAGUUCACUCACUCAUCUCACUCGAAGUGGUCGUCUCCCCCGUUCCCUCCGUCAUCUAUCCUCUUCGUCGGCGAGAACCAAGGAGGCGCCCUCCAUGGAGCUCUUGGCGGCCGAGGAGAAGCCGUACUGCAGCCGGCUGUUCAGGAAGCGGGGCGGCGGGAGGGGCGCCAUGGGCGUGCGCGGCGACGGCAAGGGCCGGUCCUUCUCCGGGCGGUGCGCGCGGCUCGUAAAGGAGCAGCGCGCGCGGUUCUACAUCAUGCGCCGCUGCGUCACGAUGCUGGUGUGCUGGCGUGAGUACGCCUGAGGCGAGCAAGGGCAACUGGGCAAGGACAGGCCGCCGCCGCCGCCGCGGUGCUGCAGGAGCAGACCAACAAGGCAGAUCGAUCGCCUACGUUAGGAGGAACUGAGAGCCAUGUGUAGUGUAAAAAGGAGAGUUUUUUCUUCUUCCUUUUUCAGUCUCCUCUCUUGUUUUCUUUCUGCCCCUCCGGUUUCUUAUUUAGAGCUAGUGCUAGCAGUCAGCUAUGGUACUUCUUGGAUCCGAUGAUCACCGCACCGCGCAUUCUGUUGAGUCGUCCUGGAUUGGAUGAGAUGUGAGUGUGCAGCAACUCUAGCAGUCUCCCGAUUCCCAAUUCAACUACUGUAUUGGGAGACUAGAUAAUAUUGGAA